GGGAGGAGGCAGCAGCAGGCUCGCAGCUCUUUGACAGGAGCCAGGGAAGCAGCAGGACCUCUCGGUGCCCUGCCGUGCGGUGCAGGGAGGGCAGCUGCGAGCCGGGCCGGAGCGGAGGGAGGGCCCCAGCCCAGCGCCAGGCUCCGCAGAGUGUCCCGCUGGGCCCGCGCACCAUGCCGCCGGCCCGGCUCCGGCUGUGCUGGCUGCCGCUGCUGCUCGCGGGGCUGCUGCCGCGGGCGCCCGCACAGAGGUUCUCCGCGCUCACGUUUUUACGCGUUGAUCAGGACAAGGACAAGGACUGCAGCCUGGACUGCGGGGGCUCCCCCCAGAAGCCGGUCUGUGCGUCCGACGGGAGGACCUUCCUGUCCCGCUGCGAGUUCCAGCGCGCCAAGUGCAAGGACCCGCAGCUGGAGAUCGCGUACCGGGGCAACUGCAAAGACGUGUCCCGGUGUGUGGCUGAGCGGAAGUACACACAGGAGCAGGCGAGGAAGGAGUUCCAGCAGGUGUUCAUCCCGGAGUGCAGCGAGGACGGCACCUACAGCCAGGUCCAGUGUCACAGCUACACGGGAUACUGCUGGUGCGUGACACCCAACGGGAGGCCCAUCAGCGGCACCGCCGUGGCCCACAAGACGCCGCGCUGCCCAGGUUCCACAAAUGAAAAGUUACCUCAGCGGGAAGGCACAGGGAAGACAGUCUCCUUGCAAAUGUUUUCCGUUCUGAAUUCAGAUGAUGCCUCAGCCCCCGCGCUGGACACGCAGCCCCAAGGCGACGAAGAAGAUAUCGCCUCGCGCUACCCGACGCUGUGGACGGAACAGGUUAAAAGCCGGCAGAACAAGACCAAGCACUCAGCGUCCUCGUGCGACCAGGAGCAGCAGUCGGCGCUGGAGGAGGCGCGGCAGCCGCGCAGCGAGGACGUGGUGAUCCCCGAGUGCGCGCACGGCGGCCUCUACAAGCCGGUGCAGUGCCACCCCAGCACCGGCUACUGCUGGUGCGUGCUGGUGGACACGGGCCGGCCCAUCCCCGGCACCUCCACCAGGUACGAGCAGCCGAAAUGUGACCACACGGCCAGGGCGCACCCCACCAAAGCCCGGGACCUCUUCCGGGGCCGCCCGCUGCAGGGCUGUCCUGGUGCCAAGAAGAAUGAAUUCCUCACGAGUGUGCUGGACGCCCUGUCCACCGACAUGGUGCACGCCGUCUCCGACCCCUCCUCCCCCGGCAGGCUGUCCGAGCCCGACCCCAGCCACACGCUGGAGGAGAGGGUGGUGCACUGGUACUUCAAGCUGCUGGACAAGAAUGCCAGCGGCGACGUGGGCAAGAAGGAGCUGAAGCCCUUGAAGCGGCUCCUGCGGAAGAAGUCCAAGCCCAAGAAGUGCGUGAAGAAGUUCGUGGAGUACUGCGACCUCAACAAUGACAAGGCCCUGGCCCUGCCCGAGCUGAUGGGCUGCCUGGGCGUGACCAAGGAGGAGCGCAGGCCCGGCGCCAGGAAGCGGCACAUCCCCAAAGGCACUGCAGAGAGCACUUCCAAUCGACAGCCCAGGAACCGAGGAUGAGCGACGGGGGCCGCGGUGCUGAGACGUGUGGGAGGCUCCCUCACCAAACGCAAUUAAAAAACAGAAACAAAACCCAUAGUAUUUGCACUUUGUACCUUAAAUGUAAAUUCACUCUGUAGAAAGGAGAUAUUUCCACGGACUGCCUUCACCUGUGACGAGGGCGGGGCUGGCUGCGGCCGGUCAGUCACGUACAACGUAUGUGACCGCUUCGACCUCGGAUGCCUGCGCUGGGCGGCGUGUCCAGGGGACGGGGCUUCCUGCCUGCUCUCCGGGCCACGGUGUCCAUGUGGAGGCUUGCGGCGCGGGCACGGCGGCUAUGGCCUGUGGCGCCUCCCCGGCACUCGCUUCCUCCGGCCGCUGCUCCGAGACCCGCUGUGCGGCAGCACAGGGUCCCCGUGGGAGCUGACCUUCGGUCUGUGAGGUGUGCGGCCAGCAGGUGGCGUGUGCCGGGCUGCGUGUCUCCGAGACCUGGUCCCUUCGUUCUGCUUUCCCAAAGUCUCGCUCCCGUCACAUCGACAACCACAUCAGCGCGAUGAUGGGGCCUGGGGGACGGUCGUCUCCGACCACCUUCCUGGGCUGGCCCUACCGCCUCGAGGUUGGCCUCAGGCAGUGACAUCAACUCUGGGGGCCCCCCCACCCCCGUGAACCCCCACCCUCGCGCUGGCUCCAGGCGGCAGGCAGGGUCCAAGGCCAGAGCGGAGCUCACCUGCCAUCUGCCCACCUCUGCCCUUCCCCCUGGCCUUGCCCUCCGGGGCCCCUGAGCAUCUCCGACAGUCUCUUUAAGGAGUCACUGCCGGACGGCCAGGUGCUGGGCUGUGUGCCCUCGGCAGGCAGGGGGCUGAGCCCAGCCCCGCUUCCUCCUCGUUCUUUCCCGAAGGCCCCAAGGGCAUGAGAACGUGGCACUGGGCCAGUCCCCGGGGCACUGGGGCGGGCUGGGUCAGAACUGAAGCUCACACGGAGAGCCACAGACUGGCCCCUGUCCGGCCGGGGCCGCUGGACCCUGCACGGAGCAGCCACGGCCCUGCAGCCCCUGGAGGCCGGGGGGCCGUGUGGGGCCGGCCGGGAGGCUGGCUCGGCUCCGACUUGUGGUCGG